AUGGCGGCGGCGGCGGCGGGCGGGUGGCGCGCGGCCAGCGGGCGGCGGCGGCGGAGGAGGGAGAAAGAGAAAGAGGAAGAGGAUAGCGGUGCCGCGGUGCUGAGGCGGCUGCGGGGUGCGCGGGACGAGCUGCUGAGCUCCGGCUUCUGGGCGGCGAGCGCCGGUGUGUGCAGGGCGGCGGCGGGAGGAGGAGGAGGGCGGGAGCCGUUGGGGUCGGGGCCGGCUUGGCGCUGCGUGUGCUACGGCCUGGGGCGGUUCGCUGCCUGCCCCGCCGCCCGGCUGCAGCUCGCCUUCCUGCUGCUGCUGCUCGAGAUGCUGGCGGUGCCACCCAGCAGCUGCUUCCUCUUCGACCCGGCCUUCUCAGAGCUGGAGCUGGCAGCGCUGGAGGCACUGGGGCUGCGUCUGCUCCCAGAGAAUGAGGAGGGCAAGCACAGCGUAAAUGGAUCGCCGACGCUGUUCUACAUGGUGCACUGCGGCAAGGCACUGUACAACAACCUGCUCUGGAGGAACUGGUCUGUCCAUGCUCUGUCCAACAUGGUCAUCAUUGGCAACAGCUUUAAGGGAAUCGAGGAGAGGUUGUUAUCAAGAAUACUGGAGAGAGAUUACUCUUACAUUGCAAAGAUUUUAAAAGGGGUGGAGGAAGUUGCCCUCCCUGCUCACCCUCGGUACUCGGAUACCUUCAAUGACACCUCCAUCCACUGGUUCCCUGCUCACAAACUGGAGAGACUCUCUGCUGAAGUUUGGGAGUUCGUGGAGGAGCCGACUUACGAGGAGUGUGACGACUUGGAGAUCAUCAGGAAGGGGGAGGAAGGGAGCCAGCAUGGCCCUGCCCCAGUGCAGCCUUAACUGCUGUCUCUUCCCUCAGUCAUCCUGCGCAGCUGAGGUGAUGCUCAAGCACUGACAGUGCCCUCGCCAUCUGCCCUAAGAGGCAGCACCUGAACACUGAGCUUGAAGGGACAUUUUUGUAUCAUAGUGAUUUUUUAAUAAAAGUGAAAGCUCUG